UACCGCGUAAAUGGGCUAAAAGCCUGACCUGACUGGGAAAUGAACCGAGUUCGGGUCUAGUUCCCUAGAGAGAAGUAAGUUUUCUCUUCUUACAGAGAGAGAUGGAACAGCAUUUCCUGCCAAACCGAGAGAAAAACUAGUUUCCCGAGGCUCAAAGGAAAAGGAAAUUCGAUUCGCUGUCACUAGCUUUACAUUUUAAAACGGGAAGGAGGAAAAAGAAGAGAGGGGAAGGUUGGUUCUGGUCAGCCCCACCCCUUGCUCUGCCCAGAUUCCAGACGACUAGUAAGUCGCGGCCAAGGCAGUCCCAAGGGCCGGCAGGGACCGCAAGACCGCGCAGAGCCUCCUGGAGCAACCGAGUUGCCCGUCCCUGAAUAGGAAGCAUGUUAGCUGUGUACUUUGACCAGCCGGGAGGACCGGAAAACCUCUACCUGAAGGAAGUGGCCAAACCGAGCCCAGGAGAGGGGGAAGUCCUCCUGAGGGUGGCGGUCAGUGCCCUGAACCGGGCUGACUUACUCCAGAGACAAGGCCGAUAUGCCCCACCCCCAGGAGCCAGCAGCAUUUUGGGACUCGAGGCGUCCGGACACGUGGCAGAGCUGGGGCCUGGCUGCCACGGGCACUGGAAGGUCGGGGACCUAGCCAUGGCUCUGUUGUCCGGUGGGGGUCAGGCUCAAUAUGUUACUGUCCCAGAAGAGCUCCUCCUGCCCAUCCCAGCAGGACUGACCCUGCCCCAGGCUGCCGCCAUCCCAGAGGCCUGGCUCACCGCCUUCCAGCUGUUACAUCUCUUGGGAAACAUUCAGGCUGGAGACUCUGUACUAAUCCAUGCAGGAUCCAGUGGGGUGGGCACAGCUGCCAUCCAACUCACCCGGAUGGCUGGAGCUAUUCCUCUGGUCACAGCUGGCUCCCAGUACAAGCUUCAGAUGGCAGAAAAACUUGGAGCAGCUGCUGGAUUCAAUUACAAAGAAGAGGAUUUUUCUGAAGCAACACUGAAAUUCACCAAAGGUGCUGGAGUCAACCUUAUUCUAGACUGCAUAGGAGGAUCCUACUGGGAGAAAAAUGUCAACUGCCUGGCUCUUGAUGGUCGCUGGGUUCUCUACGGUUUGAUGGGAGGAGCUGAUGUCAAUGGGCCUCUGUUUUCAAAGCUACUUUUCAAACGAGGAAGUCUGAUCACCAGUUUGCUGAGAUCUAGGGACAAAAAGUACAAGGAAAUGCUGGUGAAGGCCUUCACGGAACAGAUUCUGCCCCACUUCUCCACGGAGGGUCCCCAACGUCUGAUGCCGGUUCUGGACAGAGUCUACCCCGUGACUGAAAUCCAAGAGGCCCAUGAAUACAUGGAGGCUAACAAGAACGUGGGCAAAAUCGUCCUGGAGUUGCCCCAAUGAAAGAGAGGGCAGUACAGGACACGGCUACCUCUGGUCUUCCCAGAGCAAACCUGUUGAAAAUUCACUACGUAGGCAAGACAGCGGCUGCUACUGCAGGCCUGUCGGUAACCCACUGGCCCUCCCCCGACCUCGUCAACUGAUCCAUGUAAAGUCGGUCUAAGGAAAUAAAGAGCGUGCACUCAAA